GAGAAAUUAGGGUUCAAUAAUAUAUAUACCCACUCUUUAAAGCAAGCCUCACAAACAAACAAACAAUUUGUCUGGAGAAAAAAAGUACAGUUCGAAUAAAGUUUUUGUCUGCCCACUCUUUCCUUUUUCUGAUUGUCCCCCUUUUUCAUCGCCCAUAAAAUAUGAGAUGUUUCUGACACACGAUUCCAGAAUUCUCUUCAAAUCAGCGAGAAAUUACAGACCCAAUAUUGAUUUUUUAAUCUCUUAUCCAAACAAAUAAAAAUGUUUCAUCUUUUUUCCUGAUUGAACCCUUCUGAUCUGGAACAAUCUCUGCCACCAUCCAAUCUUUUAUGGGGUUUCACAGCUAAUGCUGUUGCUCAAAGGUGACACACCCAUCAAUGGAAGGUCCACAGGAAUUGAACCCAGGUUCAAGGUAUGCCAUGCCAGAUCCCCAUAUUCUCUGAACUAAGAAUAAACACUAUUGCUUCCCUGUCUUGUGAGGAUCUGCAUCUUUGAUCUCUGCCCAUACCCAUCUGGUCUUUUUGUUGCCUUGUUAGACAUUAAUGGUGUCUAGGUCUAAUUCUUGUGCUGAUCAGUAUAUAGUGUUGGGAAUUGGUGUUGGUGGGUUGGAACAUAAGCAAAAACUAGAGCUGAGGUUGGGUCUGAUGACUCUAUUUGCUGGCUCUUUUGGAUAAAAGUAUCAAGAUUUGGUGGUUAGACUGUUAGAGAUUAUUAUUGUUGUUGUUUUUCAUUUCCAAAAAGAAAGGGAGUAAGAAAAUGGUGAGACCAUGCUGGAGAGCUUCUGCAGUGGCAGAUGGAGAUGAUGAUGGAAAGGUUAAAGGACUGAUGUGGUACAAGGAUUUGGGGACUCAUGUGAAUGGAGAGUUCUCAAUGGCUGUAAUACAAGCGAACGGCGUGUUGGAGGAUCAAAGCCAGAUCGAGUCCGGUCCGUUGACCGGCCUUGACUCGGGUCCUGAUGGAACAUUUGUUGGUGUCUAUGAUGGACAUGGAGGACCAGAGACAUCCCGGUUUAUUAAGGAUACUUUGUUCUCCAAACUCAAGAGAUUCGCAUCAGAGCAUCAAGAGAUGUCUGGAGACGCCAUAAAAAAGGCUUUCUUGUCAACAGAGGAGGACUUCUUGUCUGUUGUGAAGAGACAGUGGCUUAGUAAGCCACAGAUUGCAUCAGUGGGAUCAUGUUGUUUAGUAGGAGUAAUAUGUAAUGGACUUCUUUAUGUUGCAAAUGCGGGUGAUUCUCGCGUAGUUUUAGGAAGCGCAAAUAAGGUACUCAAAGGAACCACAGCUAUACAAUUAUCAACGGAGCACAAUGCUAAUAUACUAUCCGUGAGAGAUGAGCUUCACUCAUUGCAUCCCCAUGAUUCACAAAUUGUGGUUCUAAAGCACAAGGUUUGGAGAGUCAAGGGUCUUAUUCAGAUUUCAAGGUCCAUAGGUGAUGCUUACCUUAAGAAGUCUGAAUUCAACCGGGAACCGUUGUUGCCAAAGUUCAGAUUAUCUGAGCCCUUCAGUGACCCGAUUCUUAGUCCGGAACCAUCCAUUUCCAUCCACAAAUUGAGUUCUAAGGAUCAAUUCCUCAUAUUUGCUUCCGAUGGCUUGUGGGAGCACCUGAGCAACCAGGAAGCAGUUGACAUCGUCCGCAGUUCCCCUCGCAAUGGAAUUGCUAGAAAGCUUAUCAAAUCCGCACUUCGCGUGGCAGCCAAGAAAAGAGAAAUGCGGUACUCGGACCUGAAGAAGAUUGAAAGAGGAGUGAGGCGGCACUUCCACGACGACAUUACGGUUGUGGUCGUGUAUUUAGAUCCGGUUUCCAUUAGUAAAAAACCUACACAUAGUCCUACACUUUCAGUUAAAUCAGGUGCAGGGAGCCCUCAUUAUCCAGCCUCUUACUAGUCUUCACCUUCACUUAUAGUUUGUCCUGAACAGUGGUAUAUGUAAAAUGUGGUUACUUAUGUUGCAGUUCAACUUAGUACAUAAGCAUAAAGAAAGUGUUUUCUUUUUCUUUUGCUUUUAAUUUUUUUUUUCAUCCUCUUUUUUGGGAUCAGAACGGAAAUUAAAAGUAGAAUUCGCUUCACAAGAAUGUGAGACUGAUCUUACCUAGGAUUAUUGAGGUCAAGAUGACUGUUAUCGAUACGUAUAUAUAUGAUGAAUUGAUCCAGAUAUCCUUUGAAAUAAAGUUGUGUUGACUUUUACAGCCUUUAGGUUGCC